AUACAAUGUUACGCGUAGUCGUGCAGUUACACGGUAUGAAAGAAGAUGGACCAUUUGAAUAACAUCUUGCAAUCGCAUAUUCGAGCUAGUAAAAUUAGAUUAUCAUAUGUGGAUGAAUUGUUUCCAGAUCUCAAGGAUAAUCCGUAUAUUAUUCUUCACAAAAAUGUUCCCAUCGUACAAUUUUCAGACUGCGAGAAGAGAGAGCGAAGUUUCGAUGAAUGUACGAAAUACGAUGUUAGUGGUUCACCUUUGGAAUAUUCAUUUGGUAACUAUAAGUUUGAUGAAACCAUUGUAACGAGGCAGAAUUGGCAAAAAGAAGAGGAGUUAUAUUUACCAUUGAGCAGGAAGGAUGCAUGCAAUGCAUUGAAUAUGUGUCUAGAAUACCUUGAUAACAAUACUUUGCCAAUAUUAGCUCUCUGUGAUGGACGAGAUGCUAAACAGAGCAGGCUUAUUGGUGCUAGUGUUUCUGAAAAUUGGUUCACCACAUUGGAAGCUGUUUCUACUGGUAUGACGACUAUGGCUAUAAAGAGAGAUGAUUGCCGCAGAAUUUUACAGGAACAUCUUGAGCAAUCAUUUGCACAAGAACAUGAUGUUAAAAUAUCCAUGCUUAAUAUUUUUGAUAUAUUUGGGACCAAACAAGAAAGGAUUAAUUGGGAUAAAACUGCCAAAAAAGAUUAUGAAGGAAGUAUCAGCAUUGAAAUGUAUUCAAAUAAUUUGACAUUAGAUCUAAGAUUGUCACAAACUACUUUGGUAACUGAAAUAAAUGCUGGAUGGAAGAAUAGUCCUUUGAAAGGAAUUCGAAACGAAUUGCUCUUAUUGGUUCAGUAUCUGUCAAUAAUAGAUGAAUUGAAAAAAAACAUUGGAUUACAAAAACCAAUAAAAUUUUCAACACCAUAUUUAGAGGAACAUGAUGCCAUAAUUGAAAAAAUAAAUCUUUUGUUGAAUGGAGAUCUCAGUUUUGAAAGAUUUGGAAAUAAUAAUGUUAGGGAUACUAAUUAUAUAAACAAAGGAAAUGCUGAAAUAGAUGCAAAAUUGUUGGAACGUGUACAAAAUAUCUGUUCAAGACAUGAUAUAGAUUUUAUCGAUUUUUUAUGGGAAAUACUUACAAAGACGUCAGAAUAUUCACAAAUGAUAGACUAUAUUGAAACAGUCCUUAAGGAAAUUCUUGAAUAUAAUUUUACACCACAGAUCAAUGACACAAAUUCAACUAGAUUUGUAAAAUGUAUUUCUGAUCUGCGUUGUCAAGAAACAAUAUCUCACUUAUUAGUGGGAAGUGUGCCGUUGGAACUUGUCGUGGACAUGGGAUUUGAAAAGCUUAUUCGAGAUUAUCUGUAUAUCCUAAGAGGAGCGCGAUUCAUCAAUUUACAUGACGUUCGACAGAAAUUGAUCGAUAGAUCCACUGGAAUUUUUAACACAGAGAAUUAUAGGAAAAAGUUGAUCACGUUGGCACAAAUUCACAUCUGUUUAGAAUGCAUGUUGUUUAUCGAAGAGCACAUGGAAUGUUCGAUUGAAAAUUUGCAAAAUCUGUUUGUUUGUGCUUACAAAGAGUUUGUUUCUGCACAAUCGCCCUUGCAGCAUUACAAUGAGCUUUGCAACGAAAUUUUUACCUUGAAGACGCCCCUAUCCAAUUUAAUAGCUAACGAGAUGAACAAGAUAUAUCCUUCUUUGUGGAAAACUUCUAUUUCAUCUCAUUCUGUCGCAUCGAUGCUAACGACUACUGCUCAUUACAGUAAAAUGCCUAUUUUUCCAACAAAUAUACAUCCUACAGACGAUAUAAAUGCACAACAGGGAACAGUUUACGGUAUAAGCGCAACAUCAUCGUCGACGAAAUAUAAAAAAUUCAAUGCUAAGAGCGAAACGCAACAUUCUCGAACUAGCGUUCAAGAAGUGAAAUAAAAUAACAUUGGAUGCAAUUUUGAAUAAAUAAAACAUAAUUCCAGACAAUUAAAAAAAAAUUUUAAUUAAUAAAAUAAA